GUUUCCCACCUCAUCCCCUUCUCUCCCCAAAAUAGAUCUCCCCCAACCUAAAACCAGAACACCUUCCACCACCCCGCCGCCCCGCCCACCAUGCCUCCCCCGUCCAUCCUCGUCCACAUCUUCGCCGCCAUCUCCCUCGCCUCCGCCACCCAAAUCGGCGUCAACUGGGGCACCCAAACCUCGCACCCUCUCAACCCAAACAUCGUCGUCAAGCUCCUACAAGACAACGAUAUCUCCAAAGUAAAGCUCUUCGACCCCGAUCCAUGGACUCUCUCCACCCUCUCGGGCACCGGUAUCGAUGUCAUGAUCGGCAUCCCAAACGAGCAGCUUCUCCCCAUCAGCAAACAUUACGACACCGCCCGAGAUUGGGUGAAACAGAACAUCACCAACUACCUUCACUCCGGCGGUCUGAAAAUCAGCUACGUAGCCGUCGGAAAUGAGCCAUUUUUAACAAGCUACAAUGGCGCAUACCUCCAAUACACCUUCCCCGCCCUCAAAAACAUCCAAAAAGCCCUCAACGAAGCCGGCGUCGGCCACCGGAUCAAAGCCGUCGUCCCUCAAAACGCCGAUGUAUACGGAUCCGAUAGCGGUUUGCCCUCCGGCGGUGCUUUCCGUUCCGACAUCCGCGGUCUCAUGACCCAAAUCGCUCUCUUUCUUAAAUCUAACGGCGCCCCUUUCGUCGUCAACAUUUACCCUUUUCUCAGCCUCUAUCAAAACAGCCACUUUCCGGUCAACUUCGCAUUCUUCGACGGCGGCGGCCGCGACAUUAACGACGGGGGGAGGCUGUACGGGAACGUGUUCGACGCGAGCUUUGACACCCUCGUCUUCGCGCUUAACAAAAUCGGAAUCGACGGCAUGAAAAUCAUCGUCGGGGAGGUCGGGUGGCCGACGGACGGGGCGGAGAGGGCCGAUGAGGAGAACGCGAAACGGUUCUACGACGGAUUUAUGAAGAAGAUGGGGAGGAACAGGGGAACGCCGAUGAGGCAGGGGCCAUUGGAGGUCUACCUGUUCAGCCUCAUUGAUGAGGACAUGAAGAGCAUAACUCCGGGGAACUUCGAGCGGCAUUGGGGUCUGUUUACCUAUGACGGGAGACAGAAGUUCGACGUGGAUUUGAGGGGGAAGGGGAAGAAGAUGAUGGGAGCGAAAGGGGUGGAGUAUCAGGAGGCGAAAUGGUGCGUCGUGAAGGAGGAAGCGAACAACUUGAGGCUGGUGGCGGGGAAUAUGGACUACGCAUGCAGUUUGGGGGAUUGUACGCCAUUGGCGUAUGGGGGGAGCUGUAAUGGGCUGGGUGAUUGGAGGGGGAAUGCGUCGUAUGCGUUUAAUGUGUAUUUUCAGACGCAGGAUCAGGAUGUGAGGGCUUGUGAUUUUGAGGGGUUGGCGGAGAUUACGAGGAAGAAUGCGUCGAGGAAGGGGUGUUUGUUUCCGGUGCAGAUUGUGAGUGAGGGGGAGAGGGUGGUGGUGGUGGAGAUGUUGGCGGUGGUGGCGGUGGCGGCGGUGAGUUUGAUGGGGUUGUGAAGGAGAAGAAGGCGUGAAAAGGUGAGGAUUUGUGAGGGGAUUGAGGUGGGAAAAUUGUUGAAGGAGAUGAUUGGAUCUUCAAGAUUAA